AUGGCAAUUUGUCCUCAACUUAAUGAAAUCUAUUGGUUUGAUUCAAUUGGAGGCCAGCCACGUGAUGACAUCAAAGAUAUUGUUGAAAAAGUGAUUCAGAAGUUGCAGAUGAAGGAGCCCUUCCGGCGACGAAUCCAGGUAAUUGUUCAGAACUUGAACCGCGAAGAUGAAGGAGCCCUUCCGGCGACGAGCGUGUCGGCUCCCGGCGACGAAUUGAACUUGAACCACCGCGAGGAGUCCACUUCUGCUACCCGGGGCUCCAAAAACGGUGAGGGAAAGAGCUGCAGAUCAGGGGACACAAGCAGCAAAGUUUCAAGCCUGUUUGCGGGAACUCAAGAUAAAUGCGUUGCUUGCAAGAAAACUGUUUACCCCAUUGAAAAGGUAGCAGUUGAUGGAACAUCGUACCACAGGGCUUGCUUCAAGUGCAGUCACGGCGGCUGUGUGAUCAGUCCAUCAAAUUAUGUAGCACACGAGCAUAAGCUGUAUUGCAGGCACCACCACACUCAGUUCAAGGAAAAGGGGAACUUCAGCCAGUUGGAUACGAGCGAGAAAUCUAAGGAGGUGCCGGUGACUGAGAAUGGCACGGCCUGAUCUGAUCGCUUAAUGUUUAUAUAUGUUCCUUCCGAUCAUGGUUUGAGAUUAGUUUCUCCAUGAUGAAGUCUAAACAUACAUGUCAGCAUUCCUCAAUGCAUUUUCAAGUGGUAACACUUGAGAGUUUUUCUGUAAGAAUUCCAUUUUGUAGCUGAAUCAAUUCUUGACAGUGCUUUUUUGAGUCUUGUCUUAAAAUCAUUUCAUAUGGGCAUUGCUGUUUUUGCCCUUAUGUGUGCCAGAAAAUUUUUAUGUGAUGUUUUUAUAAUGAAUGAGUCUUGUGUGAUUGAUU